AUGAUCCAUACUGACAGGAAUAGGCUGGCUCCACGAGACAUUCCGCAUCCAGAAUAUGCGAAUGGGCUUGUUGAGCUUUUCAAGAGCUGCAAUGUUCCGAGCGCGUUCAUUGCCGAGAGCUUCCAUAAUGUCUCCCAGUCGUUCGGCACUCAAAAUGACGAGACUGGCGUAUAUGUAUGGUUUCACUUCCUUUCGAAGGACAUCAAGGCGCAGAACGUGGAUGGUCAGUUGGCCAUAGUCAACCGUCCGAAACACGAAAGGGCUCCGGAGGAGUCCGACGAAGCGUGCGAGGAAGACUCUGAGGAAAUCGUGGAUACCGCUGGUGUACCGGAGCCGCAGCUGAAUCAGGCCAACUAUCAUUGGACCAAGACCGGGGUCGUACUCAGAAUCAAAGAGUCGAGAAAGUCACCUUCGACAAAAAGUACAUCCACGCCGACUAGCGCCCCGCCCGAGGAUCCGGAAGUCACAUUACUUUGCUUCGGAAGCCCAAAUGCCCUUAUUCUUCGUUUCGAGAGGUUGGCGAAAAUGGCGUGUUACAAGGACAUACUCGAUGAUCCGUAUAUGCUCCUAGUCAUUGUCGUUGAGGAGAUGCACAAGUUGUUGGAUGCAGCGGGCUGGUCAGUGGCGUGGACUUUCGGGCCCAUUGAAACAAGGACCUUUGAAAACGCUCAAGACAAUCCGGGCACGGCAGGAAACGAGCUCAAUUUUGCGGGGCUGCAUAACCUCGCAAAACAUACGAUAUACCUGCACGAGAACUGCGGGUCAGCGCUGGCCACGCUGGAGGACUUACGUGGUUUUCACAAGACUACCCUAGCCGUGCCUCGCAACUCUUCCCAGCAAGCCACCCGACGAGCUCUGAGGUAUCGAAGGACGCUCUUCCAAUCAACGCAGCGCCGACUUGCUAGUCUGGAUCAACGAAUGGCGAACAUGAUCGAGUUGUCCUUCCAUCUCGUCACCCAAACCGACAGCCGUACAAUGAUGUCGGAGAGUAAUGCCAUGAAAACGAUAGCCUUUAUGACGCUGAUAUUCUUGCCUCUAAGUACCGUGGCGACGAUUUUUGGCACAGAAUUCUUUCACAUGUCCGACGACGCGCCGAAUCGUAUUCAGAUGUCUUCGGACAUCUGGAUCUUGUGGGUUGUUGCUGGUCCAUUGACUCUCAUGCUCCUCAUCAUUUGGCGGGUGUGGUAUUUGGAUGCAAGAGCUAGGCUGGGAGUGGACCCAAAAGGAACUGAGUACAUGGGAUGGAAGCGCCUGAAGAAGCGUUUCGAGGGCCCAUAUCUCAAGAGACGAAUAAUAGGGCGUGCUAUGAAGGGCAAUAAUGAGGGGAUUGAAUUGAGAAAUAUGCCAUGAUUGCAUCUUUGGGUGUGCCGCGG